AUGUCGAUGCGCAAGACUGUCGAGCUGGCUACGAAGCCCAAGCGGGCGGCGCCAAAGGCCAAGUACAUCGACCCUAUCGUCCAAGCGACGUUCAAUCAAGAUGGCCAGCUGCAGGAUAUUGUGCGGACGCUGGCGACGCGGUUACGGGAUCCGAAUCCCACGGUCGUCUUCAAGUCGCUCAUCACCCUCCACACUAUCAUGAGAUCUGGCUCGCUCGACCCCGUCUUCUCCUACCUCUCGUCCUCGUCCAUCUCCCUCAGCCUCUCGGGCCAAGAAGCAGCAAACGUCGCUGCUUACGGCCACUACCUUGCGAGCCGAAUCAAGGCGUACGGAAACCUCAAGCGGGACGUUAUCCGUGACAAGAGCGACCGGAGAGCCGCGAACAGGUUGCGGAAGUUGACGGUUGAGCAGGGGUUGUUGCGCGAGACGAGGGAGAUUCAGCGGAUGAUUGCGGCAUUGGUCGACUCAAAGUUCUACACUGAGGACGUCGACGACGAUGUAUCGAUGACGGCUCUCCGGCUGCUCGUCAAGGACCUCCUCGUCCUCUUCACUUGCGUCAACGAGGGCGUCAUCAACGUCCUCGAGAACUUCUUCGGCAUGUCGCACGUCGAUGCGACCACCGCGCUCAAGAUCUACAAGACCUUCUGCCGCGACACGGAGAAAGUCGUCGCCUACCUCGGCACGGCCAAGAAGCUCUACAACGUGCUCAACAUCCCAAUACCGAACAUCAAGCAUGCGCCGUUGUCGCUCGCCAGCUCGCUGGAGGAAUACCUCAACGACCCGAACUUUGAGCAGAACCGGCAGGAGUACAAGGAGAACAAGCGGAUUGCGGACGGUGGAACGCCUCGCUCUUCGACGCCCAAAGCGACGGCGACGACGAACGGGUCUGCCUCGACCGCGCCCGCCGCCUCGUCGUCCUCCGCACCUUCGACUUCCGAACCCUCCUCUUCGACCGCUCCGAAAUCCUUCACCGAUUUCUUCGAGUCGAUCGAGACGUCGCAGGUCUCGAUGUUCAAUUCGCCGCAGAUGGCCGGCGGCCAGUUCCAGCAGCAGCCGAUGUUUGCUCCCUUUGCGGCCCCUCAGCCGACCGGCAUGCCCUUCAUGGGUCAGCCGACUGGUCUCAUGCCGCAGAUGCCGCAGAUGACGGGCAACCCGUUCCUCCAGCCGCAGAUGACGGGCUUUGCUCCGAUGCAGCAGCCCCAGAUGACGGGCUUCCUCCAGCCCCAAGCAACGGGCAUGAUGGCGAACCCGUUCCGGCAGAGCAUGAUGAUGACGGGCGCGGCGCCGAACCCGUUCGGGCAACAGCAGCAGGGGAUGAUGCCGCAAGCGACGGGCAUGCCCUUCGCGUCGGCGCCUCCGCCUGUCCCCCAGAUGCAGCCACAGAUGACGGGCAUGGCCUCGCCGUUCGGGCGGAUCCAGCCGCAGGCGACGGGCAACCCCUUCGGCUCGCUCGGCCAGCGACCAAUGAGCAUCAUGCCGCAGGCGACUGGCAAUCCGUUCCAGCAGCAACAGCAACAGCAGCAAUCCCAGUCGUCCUUCUCUUCGAUGCCGCCUCCCGUCUCUUCAGCUCCUGUCGCUUCUGGCGCACCUCACCUCGCCCCGACGACCUCGUCCGCACCAUCUUCCUCCCCCUCGCCGCUCGUCCCGCAAAAGACCGGAGCACGGAAUCCGUUUGCGCCUGCGCCCGGCACCAACAUCCCGCAGACUCAGCCAAAGCCAGAAGCGGGUCCCAGCAUGAACGAGCUCGCGUCGAACGCCUUCGCCGCUCGACUCGCGUCGCAGUACCAGCAGCAGCAGCAGCAGCCCAUGCAGCCUCAGCAGACGGGCUUGCAGCCGUCGCAGGUCAACGGUACCGCGACAGGAUCGUCGACGCCGUCCCAGCAGCAGCAGGCGCCAAAGCUCGACGCUUUCUCGGCCUUUGUCAAGCAAGAGCGGGAGAAGGAGGCCGCCGCUGCAGCCGGCACGCCGCUCAUUGCGCAGAAGACCGGAGGCCUCUUUGCCAGCAUCGCCUCCGACCUCGCUCGGACAGGCAGCCCUUCUGCCGCGGGUUCGCAGAAUACGAGUUCGCCCUUCUCCUCCGGUCCGGCCACAUCGAGCACCACGCCCUUCUCCUCCUCCUUCACGCCCUCCUCGCUUCCGACCCCGUUCUCCACCAUGCCCCUCUCGUCGCCCGGAUCCGCCCCCUCACCGUUCUCCCAGUCGAUGAACUCGACCUCGGCUCCCUUCCUCACCUCGCAGCCGACAGGCUUCGCCGGCUCGUCCGUCAAGCCCUUCCAGCCCAGCUCGUCGUUCGGUAGCAAACUCGCAUCGGAACUCGGCCCGCCCUCUACCCUCUCCGCCCAGCCAACCGGCUUCGGCUCCUCCUUCUCGCCCUCCGACACUAACGUCAUGGCAACUCCGUCGUCGUGGGCGAGUCCGGCGCCGGCUCUCCAGCCUCAGUCAACCGGCUUCAGCGCUUUUGGCGGGACGAAGCUCCCGCCGCUCAAUACGCCGCUGAGCGCCGGUCUUACGACUCAGCCAACGGGCACGGGCGGGUUCGGCGGUUCUGGAUCAACAGGGGUAGCUACCGGUAGCCUGAUCUAG